UCUCCUAGCCUAGCUUAGGUCUCAUAGCCUAGCCUAGCAGCCUCCUAGCCUAGCCUAGCCGUCUCCUAGCCUAGCUAGCCGUCUCCUGGCCUAGCUGUCUCCUAGCCUAGCCUAGCUAGCCGUCUCCUAGCCUAGCCUAGACGUCUCCUAGCCUAGCCAGUCAGGGCAGCCCUACUGUCACAGCAGAAACUUUUCACCCCAUCACCUCCAGUGUGUUCAGACCUCACAGUGAAACGACACUCCCAACAAGAUGCCUACGGUCUCCAAGGGGGACGGGAUGCGAGGCCUUGCCGUGUUUAUCUCGGACAUCAGGAACUGUAAAAGUAAAGAGGCCGAGAUCAAAAGGAUAAAUAAAGAACUGGCGAAUAUCCGCUCUAAAUUUAAAGGAGACAAGGCUCUGGAUGGCUACAGCAAGAAGAAGUAUGUGUGUAAGCUGCUCUUCAUCUUCCUCCUGGGACACGACAUCGACUUCGGCCACAUGGAGGCGGUCAACCUGCUCAGCUCCAACAAGUACACCGAGAAGCAGAUUGGCUACCUGUUCAUCUCCGUGCUGGUCAACUCCAACAGCGACCUGAUCCGCCUCAUCAACAACGGCAUCAAGAACGACCUGGCCAGCCGGAACCCCACGCACAUGAACCUGUCCCUGCACUGCAUCGCCAACGUGGGGAGCCGGGAGAUGGCCGAGGCCUUCGCCGCCGACAUCCCCCGCAUCCUGGUGGCCGGGGACACCAUGGACAGCGUGAAGCAGAGUGCAGCGCUGUGUCUGCUGCGUCUCAACCGGACCUCCCCAGACCUGGUCCCCAUGGGGGAGUGGACUGCCCGCGUGGUGCACCUGCUCAACGACCAGCACCUGGGGGUGGUGACGUCAGCCACCAGCCUCAUCACCACUCUGGCCCAGAAGAGUCCAGACGACUUCAAGACCUCCGUGUCCCUGGCCAUCGCCCGCCUCAGCAGGAUCGUGACGUCGGCCUCCAUCGACCUCCAGGACUACACCUACUACUUUGUGGCGGCGCCCUGGCUGUCCGUGAAGCUGCUGCGCCUGCUGCAGUGCUACCCUCCUCCUGAGGACGGCGCGCUGCGGGGACGUCUCACCGAGUGCCUGGAGACCAUCCUGAACAAGGCCCAGGAGCCGCCCAAGUCCAAGAAGGUGCAGCACUCCAACGCCAAGAAUGCUGUUCUGUUUGAGGCCAUCGCCCUCAUCAUCCACCACGACAGUGAGCCCACUCUGCUGGUGCGCGCCUGUAACCAGCUGGGCCAGUUCCUGCAGCACCGCGAGACCAACCUGCGCUACCUGGCACUGGAGAGCAUGUGCACCCUAGCCAGCUCUGAGUUCUCCCACGAGGCCGUCAAGACCCACAUCGAGACCGUCAUCAACGCUCUGAAGACGGAGCGAGACGUGAGCGUGAGGCAGCGGGCGGUGGACCUCCUCUAUGCCAUGUGCGACCGCAGCAACGCCAAGCAGAUCGUGGCCGAGAUGCUGAGCUACCUGGAGACCGCCGACUACUCCAUCAGAGAGGAGAUUGUGCUGAAAGUGGCGGUGCUGGCGGAGAAGUACGCGGUGGACUACACCUGGUACGUGGACACCAUCCUGAACCUGAUCCGCGUGGCGGGCGACCAGGUCAGCGAGGAGGUGUGGUACCGCGUCAUCCAGAUCGUCAUCAACCGCGACGACGUGCAGGGCUACGCCGCCAAGACCGUCUUCGAGGCGCUCCAGGCCCCGGCGUGUCACGAGAACCUGGUGAAGGUGGGAGGCUACAUCCUGGGGGAGUUUGGCAACCUCAUCGCCGGUGACUCACGCUCCAGUCCGCUGGUCCAGUUCAAGCUCCUCCACUCCAAGUUCCACCUGUGCUCGGUGCCCACGCGGGCCCUGCUGCUGUCGGCCUACAUCAAGUUCAUCAACCUGUUCCCCGAGGUGAAGGCCACCAUCCAGGAGGUGCUGCGCUCCGACAGCCAGCUGCGCAACGCCGACGUGGAGCUGCAGCAGCGCGCCGUGGAGUACCUCCGGCUCAGCACCAUCGCCAGCACCGACAUACUGGCCACGGUGCUGGAGGAGAUGCCCCCCUUCCCCGAGAGGGAGUCGUCCAUCCUGACCAAGCUGAAGAGGAGGAAGGGCCCGGGGAACCAGCCCGGCGCAGAGGAGGCGCGGCAGGAGAGGGAGAGGGAGAGGGAGCGCAGCCUGAACGGGAGCGCCGAGCACAGGGAGGGCGGGGCCGCUGCCGCCGCCAAGUCAUCUCCAUCGGUGGACGUUCUCUCUGUGGCCGCCCUGCCCACCAACAGGCCCCGCCCUGUCUCCUCCGUCUCCCUCAUGCAGACUCCUUUCCUUGCGUCCUGCGCUGCUCCUAGCAGCCUCUCCGCUGGACCCAUGACCUCCCUCUACCCCUCGGCCGACCUGCUUGGUCCCACAGGCCCGCCCCCGUCCACGGGAGGCAGCCUAUUGGUGGAUGUGUUCUCUGACAGCCUCCAGGCUGGCCCCGCCCCCCUGGACCUGGCCCCUCCCAACACGGCCGCGUCAGAGGACAACUUCUCACGGUUCAUCUGCAAGAACAACGGUGUUCUCUUUGAGAACCAGCUGCUGCAGAUCGGACUGAAGUCUGAGUACAGACAGAACCUGGGGCGCAUUUAUGUGUUCUUUGGCAACAAGACGUCCACCCAGUUCCUGGACUUCAGCUCCACGGUCAACUGCCCGGACCUCCUCAAGACCAAGCUCAACGUCCACACCAAGCCCGCUGACCCCACCAUCGACGCCGGCGCUCAGCUGCAGCAGAUCCUCAACAUCGAGUGUCUGGAGGACUUCACCCCCGCCCCGGUGCUGGACAUCCAGUUCAGGUACGGAGGCACCCUGCAGAACUUCGGUGUGAAGCUCCCGGUGAUGCUCAACAAGUUCUUCCAGCCCACGGAGAUGGAGGCGCAGGACUUCUUCCAGCGCUGGAAGCAGCUGGGAGCGCCGCAGCAGGAGGUGCAGAAGAUCUUCAAAGCGAAACACCCGAUGGACACGGAGGUCACCAAAGCCAAGAUCAUGGGGUUUGGCACCGCUCUGCUGGAUGGCGUGGACCCAAACCCCACCAACUUCGUGGGGGCCGGCGUGAUCCACACCAAGAACACCCAAGUGGGCUGUCUGCUCCGACUGGAGCCCAACACACAGGCCCAGAUGUACCGUCUCACUCUGCGCACCAGCAGAGACACCGUGUCCCAGAGGCUCAGCGACCUGCUGUCUGAACAGUUUUAAUCUCAACCCUUCACACACACACACACACACACACCCCUCCCCCUCAUGUUACACAAUACUUUUUGUCUCUGCGUCUCACUUGGAUUAGAUUGGAACUGAUGUACAGUGUAAAUUCUUUUUUUUAUAUAUUUUACUUAUUAUAAAUGUAUAUGAAAUGUUUAUCUUUUUUGUUUCUUAACAAACCCCUCUACUAACUUCACUGCUUCUGUCUGUCAUGGACUGUGAUUGGUUGUUCUCGGCGUGUGCCUGGUGAGGCGAUGACGUUACUACAUCCCCCCUGGUGCCGUAGCGCUGACACUACUCUCGGGCUCCUCUCUUAACGUGGUUGAAUAACGACUGUAAACUAAAGUCCUGUUUGCAUACUUAUCAUCUCUCAAGACCUGUAAUGUCCUCAGUGUCACUUUGCACGGCCGUGGUUUGACGUUGCUGAUCAGUGAGAGAACGUGGUACUGAGAACCAGCAUCAGGACUACAGUAGCCAUCCCCCCAACCCCAACCCACACACCACUGCCUGGCCACAUGGUGCCUUCAGAGAUGGCUGUUUGUAGAGUGAAUGCCAACUUUGUAAGAUUGUUGCCAAAUAUAGCUGAUUGUCACUUUUAA